AUGUUCCUGUUUAAACCAUCAACCGACAACUCGGACACCUACGACCCGGCCAAGGCGACAUCAAAGUACAAUGCGGUGAAAGAUGCAGUGUGGAAGAGCGGCGAAAAGGUGCCCUUCCUCGCCCUGGCUAAAACCUUUGCCGCCAUCGAGGAACACAGCGGUCGACUAAAGAGUAUUGAAAUUAUGAGCAACUACUUUUGCUCAGUGAUGCACCUCUCUCCGGAUGAUCUGGUCAAGUCCGUCUACAUGUGCCUCAACAAGGUGUGCCCUGACUAUGAGAACAUCGAGCUAGGAAUCGGCCCGGGCAUCCUUCACAAGGCACUUGCCGAGUCGACCGGCAAAACGCUGGCCCAAGUGAAGAAGGACAUUGCCUCACUGGGCGACAUUGGCCUUUAUGCGGAGAAAAGCAAAUCAAAUCAGAAGCUGCUGGUCAAACCAAAGCCGCUGACUGUGAGUGCCGUUUUUGACGCCUUCAAAACCAUCGCCAUGAUGACCGGCAACCAAGUUCAGAGCAAAAAGGUGGACAAAAUCAAAAGUCUAAUCACCUCGUCUUCGCCCAUUGAGUCACGUUUCAUCAUGCGUUCCCUGGCUGGAAAGAUGCGCAUUGGAUUGGGAGAAAAGUCGCUGCUGCAGGCUCUCACUCAGGCUUACUUGAUCUUCAAAGAUGAGAGUAACGCCAAGUUGGUCGGCUCUGACAAAUUCAAGGAGAAACUGGCCAAAAAGUCGCUGCUUCUCCAGACAGCCUACUGUGAAUGCCCGAAUUACGACAAAAUCAUUCCGACACUGAUGGAGCAUGGCCUGGAAAAUCUGUCAAAGUUUUGUUUCUUGACGCCGGGCAUUCCGCUGAAGCCAAUGCUGGCGCACCCGACCAAGGGAGUUCAGGACGUCCUGGAGCGACUUGAAGGCGCCAAGUUCACCUGCGAGUACAAGUACGACGGUGAGCGGGCGCAGAUUCACCUGAACGACGACAAGGACACCUACAUCUACAGCCGAAACCAGGAGAACAACACUGAAAAGUACCCUGACAUCGUCAAGCUGAUUCACGAGAUUGUCAGCCCCAAUGUGACCAACUUUAUCCUCGACUGUGAAGCGGUCGCCUUUGAUGUCUCCACCAAGCAGAUUCUGCCCUUCCAAGUGCUGAGCACUCGAAAGCGCAAGAACGUCGACGAAAGUGAGAUCACCGUUCGCGUCUGCCUCUUUGCCUUUGACCUGCUGUACCUGAACAGCGAGUCGCUGGUCACCAAGGAUCUCUCGGAGCGGCGAGAGCUGCUUCGCCAGAGCUUCAACGAGGUGGAGGGCAAGUUUAUGCUGGCCACCAGCAAGGACCUGAGCGACGUGGACGCCAUUCAGGAGUUCCUCGAGGAGUCGAUCAAGAGCAAGUGCGAGGGUUUGAUGAUCAAGACGCUGCACGACGACGCCACCUAUGAGAUCGCCAAGCGCUCCCGCAAGUGGCUCAAACUGAAGAAGGACUACCUGGAGGGCGUCGGCGACACGCUCGACCUGGUGCCCAUUGGCGCCUACCUGGGCAAGGGCAAGCGGACCGGCGUCUACGGGGGCUUCCUCCUCGCCUGCUACGACGAGGAGAGCGAGGAGUUUCAGAGCAUCUGCAAGAUUGGCACCGGCUUCACCGACGAGGACCUCAGCUCGCUGUCCGCCUCGCUGAAGGAGUCGCUGGUGGCGAAGCCCAAGUCCUACUUUCUCUUUGACGACUCGCUCAACCCUGACGUCUGGUUUGAGCCCUCGCAGGUGUGGGAGGUGAAGUGCGCCGACCUGUCCAUCUCACCGGUGCACCGCGCCGGCGUGGGCCUGCUCGACGACACCAAGGGCAUCUCACUGCGCUUCCCUCGCUUCAUCAAACUGCGCGAGGACAAGAAGCCCGAGGACGCCACCACGGCCAGCCAGGUGGUGGACAUGUACCGCAACCAGGAGAGUGUCAAGUCGGGAGACGGCGGGGCGGAGGCGGCGGGAACUGCGGGCUCGAAGGAGGACGAAAACGACUACUACUAA